AUGCAAGAAGAAGUACAAAAAUGUGGAACAUGUAAGCAAAACGCUCGGAUUGCCCAAUCAGCGAGGAGAUAUGAGAUUUGCUGAGAAGAAUACUGAAGUAACGUACACUAAUAUUAUUAGUUUAUAUAAUCACUUGACCACCACGACCACAAAUUUUAAUAAGGAAAUGAUAAACGUUGAUUUCCACGCUAAUGUCAUAAAAAAGAAAAGAGACAAGCUAAUAAUAUCCAAAAAACUAUACAUACAACUUUUUGAGCAAUACACAAAGAGUUGAGGAAAAAACAAGUAAAAAAAAGAACGAACAUACACGUACGUGGGUGUAGCAAUUUUAGUAAGUGAAAAGUUGGGAAGGUAGGAUAAGGACGGGAAUUAAAUGUAUAUCUGUAAGCAAUUAUAAACUAUUGCUAACGAAAAAACGAUUCUGAGCGGAGUUCAGUUGAUAAUGUUGCUUUGUCAACAAUAUAUAUUAUAUCAUAUUAUGGUAAAAUGAUUACAGAAAUGUGUAUUUCUAUGACAAUAAUGAUUGUUUAAAAAAGAUUUAAAAUAAUAAAAACGAUUGCCAAUGACAACCUUAUUUUUAAUCUUUCAAUCUUUUUUAGCCUAAAGACCCAGAUUUUAAUCUAACCCUAAAAUAUUAAUGAGAAUUUAAAAAAAUAACCUCCCUUAAGUAUCACCCACAUUUUCUUUCAAAAAAUGUGCUAUAAUUGAUAAUCGGAGUAUGCUUUCUGGUAGAAAAAGUGUUCAUAUAAAAAGAAAAAAAGAAACAUCAUUGUAAAACCAAUACAUUUCUCGUUUCACUCAGAAUCUAAAAAAAAUUAUGCAGUCCAUAAUCGAAAUCGAAUGUAACAAAAAUGACUACUAUUGUAGUGUAAUUAAAAAAUAUAUAAAAAUCAACUUAAAAUAAAGCUAUGGCUAUUACAGCAUAAUAUAUGUACUCGUAUAAUAUACGCCGGACGCCGUUUGUAGAUAACUUGCUCCGAUAAUUAUUUUUGUGAGAAUAUUAAAAAUAUUAUCAUUGAAUAUAAUAUACUAAUAAAGUCAAUGGUAGUUAUUCAAAUUUAAUGUAAGUACCUAUUAUAUGGUACUAUAUAAUAUUAUGUAGUAUCAACCAAUAAUAUUACUUUUAUGUUAUAAUGUGUAAAAUAAAUAUACAAUGCGUUCGAGCUAAGAAGUAUCACUAAAUAUUUCAGUUUGUUCACCUAGUUUUGAAAUAGAUUUUUCGGAGUAUGAUAGGGGGUAUCCAAAUACACAUUUUCAGGAAUUUUCAAAUGUUUAACCUUUUCGGUACGCGCAUGCGCAAUACAGUUUACUUUUUUUUAAACGGCAACACCAUUUUUCCCUACAUUUUCGGAUAGAGUAUUUUUUUUAAACAAUUUUUGUAUAAAAAGUUUUUUUCUAACUACAAAAUUGUCAAAGUUAUAUUAUGAUGAAUUUUAAUAUUUACGAAUAAUCAGUUAUUGACGAAAUUUCAACUAUGUUCAACUUAUACUCGAAAAUCGAAAUGAUAUCUACGAUAUUUUAAAAUACCUGUUUAUAGACAGAUAUAAGACACAAAUAAACGCUUUUUUUGUUUUCGUAAUUUACUCUUAUUUUUAACUGUUAUUCUUACAACAUAAAUUGAAGGUAAUGAUAAUUAUAAAAAUGUAUAUACUAUGAAUUUGAUAGUGACAUAUGUUGGGCUUUUUUUUUGGGGGGGGAGGGGUGUCCUGAUUCCUGGCAAUACUUUUUCUUCACAAAUAUUAAUAUAGAUUCAUCACGAAUUGAUAUCUGAUUACACACCUUAAAACCUUAUAUGUUAGUGUUAAUUUUCUUGUAAAUAAAUAUUAAGAUUGCUACUUGAAUUUUCGUUUAUAAUAAAAUUACGACAGGAAAAAAUUAAAACUAAUUGAACACUUAAAUUUACUGAGUUAUCACCCAUAUCAGUUUAAUUAAUUUUCUGUAUUCGUAUAUUCACAAUGCAUUCGUGUAAUACACAUAAACCUAAUAUUAUCAUCGUUUGGUAGUCCCCAAUUAUUAUUAAUUCAUGAUAGAAAUGUUCAAAGCAGUUUUAAAAUAUAUAGUCAUUUGUUAAGAAUAUUUUGCGAUACUUCAGUAAUGAAUAGAACUAGAAAAAAUAUUGGAGGGGGUUCAUCCCCAGGACACCCCCCUCUCUAAAUACGCCAUUGGAGUUUGAAAUUAAGAUUUAUUUAUUUUCAACAAUAGUUUUAUCCAAUAAAUUGUUCAGAGUUUCCGCCUUUGACGUUUCAAACAUGAUUCCAAACGGUUUAAAAAUUCUCUUGACGUGACAGCGUUUGUUUGAUUUUCUCUCAAAUUUUAUUGUAUGCAACUUGUAAUUUUUUUUAAAUCUUGAAUACUAUUCGGGGGAUCCACUUAUACAAUAUUUUUUAAAUACCCCAUAAAAAUAAAUUAAGUGUUUAUUUGUGUGUUAUUUGUCUACAAACAGGUAUUUUAUAAUAUCGGAGAUAUCAUUCCGAUAUUCUAGUAUAAUUUGAGCAUAGUAUUAGUAUAGUAUCAAAUUUCAUCAAGUACAGAUUAUUCGUAAAUAUAAAAUUUCAACAUACUAUACCUUUACCAAUUUUGUAAUUAAAAAAAAACUUUUUAUACCAACAUUAUUUUAAAAAAAAUACUCUAUCCGAAUCUGUACGUAGGAAAAUAAUGAUAUUGUCGUUUAAAUAAAAAUAAGCUGUAUUGCGCAUGCGCGUACCGAAGGAGUUAAAAAUUUGAAAUUUGUCUGAAAAUGUGUAUUUGGGUACUCCCUAUCGUUUCCCAUUUCAAUAUUAGGUCAUUAAACUGAUAUACUUAGUGGUACUUCUUAGCGUGAACUCAUUGUAAAUUGCUUUUUUUUUCCCUUACCCCGUACACUAAAAAUGAACCCAUUACAUCGUUGAGAGAACAGAACGAAAACCUCAAAUUCAGAGUGAAUUCGCCAUGUAAAAAAUGUGGAAACAUAUGUAUGAAACAAAGAUUAAGACCAGAAAAAAAAAAAAAAAAAUGAAAAUUAAUAUCGGAGACUCCGCACCGCGAAUCCGCGAAAUCGUCCGUCCGGGGCCGGGGCGCGACGACGGGGUCGCGGCGUGGGAGACGGCCACGGGCGGACAACAAUGAUUAAAAUAAUAUAAUAACACUGCGGAAUCUUUAAAGCACGAUAUUUUUUUAUUUUUUUUUUUUUUUUUUUUUUUUUUUUAUAUACAUUAUAUAUGUAUAAAAAAUAUUUUAUGACGUUCCCGUUCGGAGAAAUUUCCGGGGAAAAAAAAACCGACGCGUGUAAAAGAAAGAUUUGAUGGUCGCAUACAAUAACGAUAUUGUAUAGGCGGUGCCGCGUAGUAGUGGGAAUUCCGGCGGCGGCAGUCGCUUUUUAUUUAAUAUUGUAUUAUAUACCUAUACACGUACGUACAUUUUUUUUUUCCGCUUUACCUCGUAGGUAUACCGCUACUACUACUACUACUACUACUACUACUACUAGGUACUGCUACUGCUGCCGCUGCUGCAACAACAAUAAUAAUAAUAAUAAUAAUAAUAAUGUUAAUAUUAUUAUUAUUAUUAUUAUCAUCUCGUCGGUCGGUCGUCUCCUACCGUAUACCUACGCCGUUGUCGGUGGUGCAUUUCUCUUGUCGUCGGGUUCUUUCACUGACCGCCGCCGCCGGGAGGAGGAAUUUCGCCCGUCGUACCGAUCGCUUUCUUCGACGACCGCGGUGUCUCGGCGUCUCGGUAUUCACGAUCAGUACCGCGCAGCGACCGGCCGUCUCAUUACAACGCGACCGCCUGCGCCGCACAACGACGACGACAACGGGAUGAAUGCCGACGUGCCCGAACCGAACUCCGUGCGCUUUUCAUGGUAGUCGAACGCUUCUGCGCACCGUUAACGGAUAUACAUUUCAGGUACCCGCGACGUUCCUACAACCUGUCGUAAUAUAACGCAACAGUUUUUGUUUAUAGUCGCCACCCUGUCCCGCGUGUCACGACGUCCACGACUCGGGACCGUAAUUAUUUACAAAUAUUUGUAUUUUUAGACUACUGGGAUAUUAUUUAAUUUUUUUUUGUUUUUGUAGUAUUCCCACUCGGAGAACAAACGUUUUCGUACAGGAACGGUCGACUGUCCAUCACCGGUUUACGGCACCGGCACGUCGAAAGCGUACGACGCCGCGCUCCGGCGCACGCGGUCAAACGACCGACCGUCACGGGACGACGCGCGCACGUCCACGUCACAAUGGUGCGAGGCACGGCGCCGUCGCAGCGGACGUCCGGCAACACGGACACGACCCGCAGCGCGAAGACGACGAUGACCGGCGGAACGAUGGUGAUCACGGUCGCGGCCGUGUUGGUGGCCGUGGUGAUGGGUACGGCCGCCACGGGCGUGUCGGCCAUAACGACGAAGCCGUCGGCGGACGCGGCCGUCAUCAAAACAACGCUACAGAUAGUGCCGCCGGCCAAUGAACAACACCGACAGUUGCCCUCCUUUGCCGCGCAUUAUUGGGUGAGUACGUUUUGCAAAAUAAUAAUAUUAUACCUAAUGUAAACGGGGUACAGUUACUGCGAACGGUGGCGUGAUGACCGACGGUCACCCCCGACGCAAUGAUUAACCGACGUUUUUUCAACGUGUUUAUAUUGGUUUUUUUUUUUUUUUUGUUAUUCGCGGGCCUGGGUCCGGGUUUUCGUUACCGAGCCGCUGGCCGUAAAUUGCGCGUUUUUGGUGGAUUUACGACAAUUAUAAAAAAAAAAAAAAAAAAAAAAAACGACAUUACCGUUGCCAGAAAAAUAAACAAUUAUUGUUGCGAUGGGCGUGCGAGAUGUCUCCUUGUUACCGAGAGCGAGAGUGUUUGAAUGUUUAUUCGGUGUGCGUGCUGUUGGCCUUGACCGUGGCCUUUCGUCGUCGUCGACGGCUGGAGAGAGAUCGCCGUGCGAGUUUUGCGCGUUCAGUGAAAGAUUCCGCCGUUCACGACCGCGGUGAAAGACGCGGUAUUUUUUUAUUUUUUUUUAAUAUUUUUUUUUUCCUCUUUGUCUCGUCCCCUCGUGCGGUAGGUAUUCGUUCUGUCCUAUAGGUACACGGCCCGAGAGCCACGAUGAAAGACGAUGCGGGUGAGAGUAAACACGCACGCGUAAUAUGUGAGAUAGAUACGUGACUACGAAAAACCCGCAUCGCCCAUACGCGAAACCCAUACGCGAGGCGAUAGGGGAAAUUUCCGGACUCGUCGCGACGUCCGUGUGAAAAAUCCGUGAGGUCACAACGUCGCCGGCCGUGAUAUUAUUAUAUUAUUAUUGUGUUCGGGCUCGGAAAUUUGUGGCUGUUCAUCACACCGUCGCAUAAUAUAUUAUUAGUAGGUUUUUUUUUUUUUUUGCUAUUAUUCUCGUUCGCACGGUCGCUCGAGGCCCGCCAAUUGCUCUCACUGACUCUCACUAUAAUAAUACACAGGUGUGAUGAUGCACAGCGUCCGCCUGUCGUAUAGUCUGUCUUCCUUUCUACACCUUAUUUUUUUUCACGUGUACCAUCGUGUGUUCAUCGCGCCGAUGUCCAGAAAAAGAGACGGCGGAUGAAUAAAUAGGAUAGGCAACAAUAUUGUCGGGUUAUGUAGCGCAUACGCUCUACUCAACAAUAAACACUGAUCUAUGUAGGUUAAACUUCCCCGUAAAACAUUCUCCCCGGGUUUCGAAGAUUUCAACUGAAGGGGACUGAUAAUUUUACCUUGAAUAUAAGAACGGGACUUACGUCUCUCCCACUUUAAUCACUGACAAUAAAUCUUUACGAAUUAAAAACUUCUAUACGGAUUUUACAUCGCGUGUAUUAUUGCUCAUGUUUUUUAAAAGCAUUUUAAUAGACAUUUGAACUUAAAAACGCAACAAAAAAAAAAAAAAACAGAAACAAAAACCUCGACAAUUUCAAAUAGUUAUUAAUAACUUAAAAGAGCCCAGAAUAUUUUGAAAAUUGUACACCAUGCCACUACAAUAUUAUUUAGACGAGCAUUAAAGUAAAAAAACCUAGGCGGAAUUUCAAGUUUUGAAGAUUCGAAUAAAACUGCAAUUAUUUUAUCUUACAAUACGCAUAAUGAAGACUGAUCAGUUAAUAUCAAGUUUUGAAUUGGUUAACCCGGGUGUUAUUCAAACAAAUGUAUUUGAUUAUUAUUCAUAUCACAACUGUAACCGCGGUGCAGGCCUAGGAACUCUUAUCGGCAAUGUUAAUAAUAAUAAUUAUUUUACGUUAAAAAAUACGCGCGUGAAAUAGAAAAAAAGAAACAAUUGACGUACAGUAAUAUUUAUUAAAGCGAUAUCUGCGACUGCAACGACGGCGAUAGACGGCUGUGACCGUUUUGGUAUCACAACCGCGAUAACCACAGUUUACAGCAAUAUUAUAAUAAGUACCUGACUAAUAGGUAAUAAUUACCGACAUAGAUAUUUAUUUUUUAUUUUUUUUCUUUCGUAAACAUCAAGAACGAACGCUCGCUCGAGCACGCCACUGCGGUCGAUACCGCACGUGACUGACUUCUUUCGAAUCUCCCGCUGCCGCUAAGCCCGCCGGUAGGGAACAAAGUAUACCGUACGCCGCCGGACGAAGCGAAAACUCCCCAAGCAAAUAAUUAUUAUUUUAUUACGCGUGUGUUGCCCGCGUAUUAUUCGGGCGUUCGUUUUUCAAUCAGGCCGGCCGCCUACUAGUGUGAGUAAAACUAGCAAUCGUCGCCGCCACCCGCCACGCCGCUCUUGUUCGUCGGAAUUCACGUUUUCAACCGACGGUUUUUGCACUCAUUAUCAUAUUCAAGCAUUUUCAAUGCGAAUUACAAUCAUUUUCGAGUUUCGAAUAAAAGUAUUUUAAUCAUUUUUUUUUUUUUUUUUAGUACUCGAAUGCUAUUAUUCAUACUGUUCGGCGAAAAUAUUUCGCAUUUUUAUUCGCUAGGAAAAAAAAAACACUUCAUUUGAAAUCAAUAAUUAUUUUAAAUUUGUUAUCCGAAUCGUAGAUUUUUACGGUCACACAGUAAAUUAGUAGUAUAAUAUUCAGUUUUUACGUUUAUUCGAAGUUUAAGAAUAUUGACUUAUUAAUAACUAGCUGUCCCGUGCCCGGCGUUGCCCGUGCCAAUUUGUAUUAUUUUUAUUUUACCCAUAUUCAUUUUUGGUUUUGACCGUGUUAGAACUGAAUUAAAACAAAUAAGUGGAAAGUGGGUAGUCCACCUUCGGCGGACUAAAUGUUCUAUUGUGAAAUUUGAAUAGUGUAAAUAAUAUUAAUGAUAAUAAUGAUAAUAGUUAUCUUCUCCGUAGCAACCCUUAAAUAAACAAAAAUCUUAUCUUGUAUUUAAUAUUCUCCGGUCACAGUGUUCAUCAGGGAUCAGUGUUCCAUACUUUUAUCGCAUUAUCUCUUUAAUCAUUCGUCCAAAUUAUAUGUAGUAAAAGUGAAAAGUCUUUUGUUUUAAACACUUGAGACGAUAAGUUUACUUAUUUUAAUAAGAAUUCAUGAUUUCAUGAUUUCAAGAAUUUUAAUAUAACCAAUAAACAUGACCUAACAACUUAAAUUAUUUUUUUAGUAUAAAAAAACUUUUUUUGGUGACUUAAAUAUAAAAGUUAGAUUUAUGCUGUCGCCUACUUUUUUUUGUAGACAUUAUAAAAUUUUACAAAUAUUCUCUAGAACUCAAUCAUAUAUCUCUCAUCUUUAAGGCAACAUAGCAGGUAAGCGAAUUCAUAUGUAAGUUCCGGCACGAAAAAAAAAAUACCCUUACGUAAAUUCCUACACAAAUAGAAAUAAUAAUUAUUCAGAAUCACAUUCAUUUUUUAAACCUUAUACAUCAUUCAAAACAUAUAUUGAACCCAAAUAAAUUUGCAUUAGACUUUGAGUUAUCAACGCACCGAGCAAUUAAUACUAUUUUUCCGACAGCAUAAAUAUGGGAAUUUUGUUUCCAUUUGGGCAAAGCUUGGUACCUUAAAAUUAAAAGCUCAGAUUUCACCCAAGAAUUUAAUAUUGCAAAUAAUGAAUUAGCAAAGUGGCCGGUACAUAAUAUUCGGUUUACCAUUUCUCAAUCUAAUAGGAAUUGGGGUAUUGUUUUGUAGAUAUUUCACAUGAUUGAAAACCAGAAAAUGAUAAAAUAAACGAAUUUCGCGAUUAUUUAGUAACUAAUUACAUCAAGGAUAAUAGUAUGUUCCCCCUUAGAAAUUAAACUAGUGAUACUUCUGAUAGAAGUCUUAUAACAAAUGCUUGUGAAAAUUUCCACUCCGAAUCCAACUCAAAUUUUUAUUAUCAUCCUAAUAUAUUCAAAAUAGUCUAAGUUUUAGUUGUAGAUGUAUUUUAUUCGUGUGGAAACUUACAUUCGCCUUUACGUUUACGUUUACUGCGCUAACCCACAAAAAAAUACCCGAUUCGUGUUGGCACAAGGGCACGUGAAGCGCAGAUUCGUUACGAUAAUAAUAUAACAAAAAUGAUGCAUUUACAAUAAUCAACGACGUGUAUAGAAGCAAGAUAACGUCUUCGAAAGAUACUGAAUAAUACCGACAGAUAAAAUAGACGUGUCCGGUAUUACUUUUUAUGAGAACGUUUUUCCGCUAUAAUAAUAUUGAUAUAGUGCCGAUGGACCGACGAUCCCAAUGCUCCGGGUCUACUAUGGUUAAUUUUCAGUACGUUUGGGUACUCACGGGGUAUACACUUAUUAUCUCCGAAACAUUAAUAGUACACCCAAUUAAAUGGUUCCGCUUGUAUAUUAUGUCACCCAAAAACGCUAAUGACUUUUGGUUUUGAUCGCAACACGACAAAGCCAGGAUCUGCGGAGUAAACCCGGACCUCUACAACGAUUAAUUUUUGCUCCGAACACGGAUGCCCGUCCCGGAUCGGCGAGUCGCCACGUUUGUAAUUCAAUAUUAUAGAUAAUAGUUUUUUGUUUUUUCUUCUUAAACAGUGAUUACGGCAGAUGUUUACUUAACGCACUACCUCGUCUUGACAAAUAAGAGAAUCGGUUUUCAUUUUCAUAGAUAUAUUUUGUAUGUUUAGAAAAAAACAAAAUUAUUUUUAAAGUGAAAUAUUUCAUAUUCGUCACCAAUCUGGUUAUACUACGAAUUUUUUUUUACGCGCGAAACGAGUCGCGCAAGACAAGUUCAUUCAUACGACCGCAUUUUACUCGCACAUCGCAUUAUGGACACACACACACACACACACACACACACACACACAUGGCGUACUCACCCGGUAUUAUUAUUAUUAUAUUGUUAUCGUGCGUAUACAUAUAUGUGUAUUAUACUUAUUAUACGGAUUCUUAUAACGAUACGACGAUGUGGCACACGUAUAUAACUGCACGACAUAUUAUAACAAUAACAUACAAAAUACUGUGCGUGUGUGUGGAAUGUCAAUUAUUUCAUUUUAUGCACUCACCAUUAUUAUUAUUAUUACCAUUAUUCUCGUAUAGGUACGCGAAUGAUAAUAUAAUAUUUCGGUACGAGUGCUUAAUGUCGUGUACAAUAUUAUUUAUUUUAUAGUGUUAUUAUUAUACGUAGCGGAUCGAACUGUAUACAAUAGUAUUAGCGUGGGUAAGUUUAUGUACAUAUACAACUGUAAACUAUAUUGUAGUGGCAGCGAUACAUAACAAUCAUGAUAAUAAUAUGUAGGUAUAUAAACGUAGCUAAAUAUUGUCAAACGAAAUCGGUCUUGACGGCGCGAUGGAAUAUUUUCACUAUGUAUCGCAUGCACGGGUAUCGGACAGCAGACAGGACGGACGAUGGUAUUAUACAUAAAACACCGUCAAUUUGGAGGGAGCAAUGGAUUAAGGUCCUGAGUGACCAUUUUUUUCCCCCAGCAAUUGUUCAUUAAGACGAUUUAAAGAGAUGUUGAUAAAAUACAUUGGAACUUUUUUUUUUAUGUUUGAACUUAACGUUUACAUACGGAUUGAUAAAUAAACCACGGUAUUGGGGGAAGGGAGAGACCGGGACCCUAUUAGAUUUCAAUGCACAUUUCUAAAUGUUUCUACCUAUUUAUCACGAUACAAUUUUUCAAUCUUGCUUUGAUUUUUAAGCGAAGAGUUUUUUCGAUUUGACUCUUAAAUUCCCAUUAUUGGAUAAGAUAUAGAAGACAAUUAUAUAAUUUAUUCAUUCUUACUUAUUUACUAAAAUUUUAAAACACUACUCAAAACCGUAUACAUUAAACUACAAAUAAGAGAAGUAUAAUAAGCUGUGACAAUACGACUUACCAUAAUAUUAUAAUAGACCACAUGUGUAUACAUUCGGUGCAAUAACAGGACAACAAUGGAAUUAUUUGCUUGUUAAACAUAAUCCAAAAACCAAACAACUGCACUAAAAUAUUUAGUCGUUACUAUGAAAAACCGUAUUAAGUUUUUCGGAAAGAGGGGUGCUAGUUUUAAACGUGGGGGUGUUAAAAAAACCCCCCUUGUUGCACUUAUCCGGGUCUUGUGUAUAAUAAUUAUUGUAAUCUUUAUCAUAUUAUAAAAUAAAACGGUUUUGCCAGAAAUGAAGUGGUGUGAUUGUUGUAGUGGACCCUCCAAAUUUCCUACCAUUAAAAAUUCCUGGACUAGACUGACAAUAGAUAUUUUGACUAUUCUUAUACUUGUAUAAAAUAUCCCUACGUCUAUAAAUAAAUCUAAACGAAAAUGUUACCAUUCGUUCUAGAUCAACAAAACUAACAUUACCAGAAUCAUUAUCAUAUUGGAUUGUGAAAAAUCGUAAUUUAUGUUUCGCUGAACGUAUUUUUUUUUUUACAACCAGAAAGUGUUCCCAAAAUAUUACGCUUUUAUAACACGUAAUAUAGUUCAUAUUAAAACUUUUCAUAUUAUAUAUCAUUAUAUAGUUUUGUUCUAUAAGAUUAUUAGCAUAGUAAUAGGCGCAGUAACACUAAACAAAUUAAGUGCGUCGAAAUGAUUUUAGUUUCCAAAGCAAAAACCAUUAUUAUGUAAUCAUCAUAAUGACAUGAAGUUAUACAAGUAAUCAGAUUAUUUUUCUUUUUGUGUAUUUUUAAUUCACAAUUUUUUUAUUCGUGAGUUAUAUACAUAUUUAUGUUUUGUCAACAUUUGUACAGCUUCAAUCAGCGUUCAAAACGAAAUUAGUGAAAUGACAAGUGAUGUGAAAUAUUUUAUAUAGGUUUUUUUCGUACGGUUUAGUCACUUAGGUAUAUGACCGACAAUAUAUCUAAACCUAGUUAGUUCGCCUAGUGACACGAUUUCACAACGAUUUGAUAAUAAAUAUUAUUGCUUGUAAUUUUAGAUCUUAAAAUCUUAGAUUUAACUACGUAACGUCUAUAUGUACUUAGGAUAAAAACGUUGCAAUAUUAUCUCAAACAAAAGGUAAUCAAUUUAUCGAAAUAAUCUCUGCAUUUGAAUAUUACUAUAGACUAGAACUAAAAUAUUGAAUUUCUAAUCUAUUAUUGAGUACAUGUUUUAAUACAAUCAGUUCCGGUUUAGAAAGCCUAUACGAUUGGUUUAGACAAAUAAAAUACAAAGUAUCUUAUAAGAUGUUCUUAGUGUUGAUCAUUAAAUAAUAAUAGAAACUAUAAACUAUAAUAAUUGUUAUAUAAUAUAUGCAAUAUUGUUUAAUAAAAAAUACUAACUUGGAUAAACUUGGAUUAGCUUGAGAUGUAAAUACACAUAUUUUUCAUCGAGAAUUAUUUUUUCAAUUACUCGCAUAAAAAUUCGGAAACAACAACAAUGAAAUUAUAUAAGAUUAUUUUAUGAUGUUUUUAUUUGUAUGUGGCCAUAAUUUUAAAGGUGGUGAAAAUCGGUAAGAUCUUCACAGUCUGAUCAAAUACGUAAGGCAUUUAUUGAAAUGUUGUAGUGGUUUUAUCCCUGAAAAAUAAAAGUGACAAAAAAUAAGGGUAAUGUAAUUUUUAAGAAAUGUUUGUUUUUUAAAUUAUCCAAAAACAAGUUAAGACAUUCCGAGUUGCUGAGUGAUAUCUUACGUUAUAUUGAUUAGGUACUCCGUGUUAUGUUAUUAUGUUAUAUAUUAUGUUAUAUGUUAAUAUAUUGUGUUAAAUCAAAUAGGUAAACUGCAAUUAAUUUCAAUAUAAUCGAAAUGAAAAUUAAAUAGAUAAUUUUUUUUUCCAAUUAUUAUAUUACGUACAGUCUAUUUUCUAUAGGUGUCUCGUCUGUUAUGCAACUAAUUUAUAUUCCAUAUAGCCGUGUCUCGCAUACUGUUGCGAAAGCGAUGUAAUUACAUUUGAGAGGAAUUAUUCCCUCCAAUGGCGUUUUCUUAGAAUAUUACAUUAUUAUGUGUUAUAUUGUAAUUUGUGUAAAAUAGAUAAUGAUAAUUGUAUUUAAUGACAUUCGUUAUGCGCAUUGUAUAUUAUAAUAUUAUUAUUAGAAACCUGAAUUUUUAUGCUCUACAGAUUUGAUAAAUAUGAUACAUUUAUUAUACCAAGUUUAAAUAUAAUAACUCACGCCUUGAUAUUCCCAAUUUUUUUCACAUAAAAAAAAACAAAAUUAGCUUCUAUACUGUAAUAAUUACAUAUUAGAGAUAAGAAAUAGGUACACUUUAAGGCCAUUUUAUUUUGUUUUCAGGCAAAUUUGGUGACAUAUACCUAAUGUAAAAUAUCAUAUAAAUUAUUAUACAAAUUAUAAAUGUAUUUGAUUUAAAAAUAAGCACAUUUUUUUUUUUUGUGUAUUUAUAUCCACUUAUAAACACAUUUACAUAUCUAAUUUGGAUGUGAAAUUAUAUUAUUGAAAAAAUAAAAACAGAAUUAAUGAACUUCCGAUUAAACAUUUUAAAGUGUACCUAUUUGUUGAACAUGAAUUUAAUAAUGUUACGAAUUUUAAGGUAAUAUUCGUAUAUCAAUGAUAUUAAUGACAGGUUUCAUGGACCCUUACAAAACCGAUAACUGGUUAAAUUAAAAACAGUUCUAUAAAAUGAAUAAAUGUGUUAUCAAACACAGAUAGUUGUUGAAUCAAUAAGUUGUUGAUCUGAUUGAUAUUCCGUAAUAUUAUUAGAGUUAUUAAGGAUGUUUAUCAAAUAGUCUGAUGAAUAAAUGAUAAUUUUAGAUUCUUAGUGUAGCGAAGAAUGUAUUGGUUAUAUAAAAAUAUUUAUUUUUUUUUUUAAGUAGGAAAAAAAACUGGAAAAUCAGUACAAUAUCAAACAAAUAUUAUUAAAGAAAAUAUAAUAUAAUACCUAUUUAAUUAUUUUACCAUAGUAUGACAUAUAUAUUGUUGACUUCAUUCAAAAUCGUUUUUCGUUAGCAAUGAUUUAUCGUUGCCUACAGGUAUACAUUAAAUUACCUAUAACCCGUCCCCAUUAUCAUAGGAUAGCUUUUUUUAAAUGUUGAUUUAUAACCAAUUUAAAGAUAAAUUAAAUCCUUAUGAAAACUACGAUAAUUUGUGUUUUAAAAUUUAAAACCAACUUUAUUACUCUUUAUUCAAACUUUAAAUACAAAUUAUAUCUCUGCAAUCAGAUCCUAGGUGCUCUUAUCAGCUAUGGAAUAAAGUAUUUUUCGACACGGUUAGAAUUAAGAAGUUGGCUUGUAAAAUGUCUAGAUGGUAGUUUUUUAAGUUAGUUUUAGAUUUACUAUAGAUAGUAGAAUGAUAGUGCACUUUCGCCAAACUAAAUUUAUGGGUCAAAUACAGUUUUAACCCAAUUUCAAUUAUACUUGAUCUCGUUUAACACAAUUUUGGGAAGUAUAGUCUUUUCUACUUUGCAUCUAAGUACUUACUAGUGAUAAAGGAAUACAUAGUGUCUAGGUGACAGUUAUAUAUUAUUAUAUGCUAUAUAAUAAUAAUUUGUAUUAAAUUAAAAACUUUCUGUUUGACAUAGGGGGACAACAAAAUCAGGACAAUAGCUAAUCAAACAUUUUUAUUUUAUCUUCCCGUGUUGUCAUUUCCUGUUGCGUACGCUAUUUAAUAGGUACCUAUUACCUACAAACCACUGAGAAGGUAAUUAUAAUAGUACAUACCAAUAAUUCUUUUUUGGGAGUGGGUCUUUAAAUAUCUUGUGUAGUGUCUAGAUUCUAGAAGUCAAUUUUUUUGUGCAUAAAACACUUUCCAGUUUGCUAUAAGUGCCAGAAAGGUAAAAAGACUUUGACUAACUAAAUUUAGAUAAUGCAGUUAAAUGCCAAUUUUCUAUUCCAUUAAUAAUUUUUAGUUUUACAGCAUUAUGGCACACUUCAUAAUUUCAUUGCGUUUGAAAUUCUGUAUUUGAGUCAAAAUAAACAUAAUAUAAUACAAAUGAAAUUUCUAUCAUGUUUCGAUAAUUAAUUCUUAUAUUUUUUUUUUCAAAUAUUGAUAGUAUAGAUAUCAUAUACCUAGGGUGAAGGUGUUAUUAAAUAUUAUUUUAAAUUUGAACUAUUUUAUGUAUGAUGGAUUCUAUGAAUAUAAUAUAAAUAUAAUAUUAUGUUAUAGUAACAGGGAAAUAAAUGUGUUCUUUCCAUAUUUUAUUGUGCCUUUUUUUUCAUUCAAAACAUCAAUAUCAUAGUAUAAUCUUUAGAAAAAUGUCCAUACUAAUUAAAACUCUCAUAGAGUAUACUUUAAGAAAAUUGAUGGAAGAAAAUAAUAUAAUUGUACAACUGUAAAACAAAUUAGACCAGCGUUAAAAACAUAAUUUAAACUAAUAUAUACCACUUAUUUCGUGGUUUUUGAAUAUUGUAAAUAGUCACCAACAGUUGAUUAAAUAUUAUAUUUGUUAUAAGUAAUAUCUAUCUAUGAGUGUAGUAUUCAAAUAAUUUACAUCAUAUUUAUCUUAUACAAUUUAUUUCGUUAAUCUCAGAUAUUACUCGUAAUGUUAGAGAACAUAAUAAACAAGUAAUACAUAUGUAUCAGUAAUAAAAACCUGUAAUUGUGUGAAGUGUUAAUUAUGUUAACUGUGUAAAAUACUAUUUAAUUUGUGUUUGAUAACAUUACAAUUAUUUUUAUUUUACAUAAUAAUGAUAAACGUAGGAUUCGGUUUUGCAGUCAUCAGUCAUAUAAAUUGAAUACAAUGCUAUUUAUUCAAUUUACCUAUUAUACAAUUAUUAUUUAAUGAUUAUUAUUUAUUAUAUUAGGCAGAAUCGCAACCUAUCAUUUUUUUCUUGUUAUAUUUGAUUUAAUCUAUCUAUAUAGUUAUUGAAAAAAUUCAAAACUUAUAAAUAUAUACAUUAUAAAUAUUAGCAAUACUUAGUUUGAAUUUCAAAUUCUUAAGAACAUUAUGGAAUAAGAAAUUUGUAUUGGUAUAAUAAUUAUUAAUUAAAUUAUUGCAUUUCCCCGCUCUAAGGCAAUCUAUGUUAUCAACUGUUUUUGCAAUGAUUGUUGAUUGAUAUCACCUAGUAAAUUGAUAAAUGUAGUUUAAUGUAAUACAGUAAAACUCGGAAAAGCAUCUUAUGCAGGAAUUGAAAAAAAAAAAUUAAGUGAUUGAAAUAUCGAGUUUAUUUCUGUAUUAUUGCAAUGACAUAAUUUAACGCGUAAUACAUUUAUAAAUUAAUUAUGACAACAUACAGUUUUUUUUUCUAUUCAAUUUAAUUAAAAGAAAUACAUUUAUACAAUAUAUACGUAUGUAUUUUGUAUGAAAUUUGGUUGGUACUCUCCAUGUCUCUCAAGUAUUGUUGGUCUAAUUUUUUUUGGUACUUUUGUUUUACCACUUUAAUGAUACCUUGAUCUAGGGGUUGUAACUUAGAUGUAGCAUUUGGUGGUAAAAGAGCAAGUUUUGUGUUAGUACACUACUAAUAUUUAUCGUAAUCUGCUGAACAAAAGAGCGUCUUAUCCGAUUAGAUAGAAAAAAACCGAGAGUUUAACAGGUGAUUUUUGUAUUGAUUACUAUAGGAAAUAUCUAGGGACCGAUAGAAACCAGCGUCUUAGGCGAGAAAUCAUUCUAAGAAGGAGUGUCUUAAGCAAAUUUUACUGUAAUAACCAAAUGGCUUAUAAAAUCACAUUAUUUUUUAUAAAUAAAAUAAAAAUGAAUGGCCAUAGUUAGGACUCCACUCUACCUACAUUAUUUUAUUUUGCAUGAACAUGCUUGAGAAUAAAUUUCAUAAUAAAACAGUAAACAGGUACUUCUUACAUAAUAAUUUAUAUAUUUUUAAAUUGACAAAUUUGCAUUAGUUAAAAAAUAUCAUUAAAAUUGCCUAUACGCAAUCCUAGACACAGGAAUUCAUUAAAAAUCACGCCUAUACCACAACGUUAAAAUAAAAACUUUUUUUUUUUAUAGAAUAUAAUAAAAUAAGUAAUUUGUUUUUUUAAAUUCCUCUAUAAUAAUGAUAUAUUUAAGUAUAAAAUAUUAAUCUAUGAACUAAGGAAACCAAACCCCCUUAUUAUUGUAAUGGAAAAAACGCAGGAAAAACUUGAAAAUAUUAAACAAAUAUUAUUAAAAAAAGUAUAUAAUACAUAUUAUAUAAUUAUUUUAUCUUAAUAUGACAUACAUAUUAUUGAUAAAGUAACACUAUUACUGAACUCCGCUCAAAAUCGUUUUUCGUUAGCAAUGGAUAAUCAUUGCGUACAGAUAUAUUAUGAUAUAUUAAAUUUCUUCUCUACCUUCCCAACUUCUUACCUAUAACAGUAGUCCACCCAUCGUGUGAAGUAUGUUCGUAUCUUUUAAUUAUUAGAAUAUUAUAUGUUUUGGCAACGUAGAAAUCCCUCAGUUGGUAAUAAAAAUUUAAACAAAUUUCAAAUCAAAAUGCAAUAAUACUAUUUGAAAAAAAUAAUACAUAUACCUACAUUGUACAUUUACUUAUUUUUUAGUUAAUUUUUAUAUUUGCGUUUAAGCCUUCUAUAUACUGUUCGCACCGGUGGUUCAUCCGGCACUGAAUUUAUAAUCGUGUUUUUUCUUUUGUUGCCAAAUCAACCCAGAAAUCAACAAAACUUAAAGAAUAUAAAAAAGUACCAGAGGAGAUGAAUCAGUGAACUAACAAAAAUAUUUUGAUUAAUAAUUCAAGUACUUCAGGGAAAUUUCACAUCUAAUCAUAUCAAUAAUAUUUUGGUAAAAAUGUUGGUAAUUUCACAAAAAUAGUUUAAAUAACAUAUACAGAUGAAAAAAUCGAGUAACUUCGAACGUGAAUGGGCCACUGUUGUAGGUAAGAAGUUGGGAAUUUAGUAGAGGGGAAAUAAUGUACCUAUUUAUUUUAUAACUAUAAGUGAAGAUAAACCAUUGCUAACGAAAAAGCGAUUCAUAACGGAGUUUAGUAGAUAGUAGUUGCUUUAUCAAAAAUAUAUACUGAUUUCAUGUUAUGGUAAAAUAAUUAUAUAGACAUUAUUUAUUUGCUUAAUAAUAUUUAUUUAAUAUUGUACCUAUUUUCCCGUUUUUCCUAUGUUUUUUCCGGUUUUCUCACGUUUGUUCCCAUUAAUUGGGAAAAUUAAGAAAUUACCUUAUAAAAGUACCUCCGCUUUUCUUUUAGAAAGAGAGCUACAUUUAAAAAUUGGAGUUAGAUUUCUGGUUGGAAAAGUUAUCCACAGAAAAAAACAUGUUUGUAAAGCCAUAAGCUUCUUUGUUCCUCUCAGAAUCUAAAAUCUGGACCUUGUAAGGUAUGGCAUAAGAAAAUUUUACUUACCGUAAAAAACCAUAUUUUUGUAAACCUUUCUUUGCUAUGAAACAAAAAAUAUUAAAACUGACCAUCUUAAACAGUGACGAUAUUCUAUUUUUUCAUUAUACUCGUAUUACAUAUAUUUUUAUUAAUUGUAUUACAUGUCUACAUGGUGUAAUUAUGACGUAAUUUAUUUAACUAAUUUAUAACUACAUUAUCGUAACAUCGUUUAUCCAGAGCGGUCACGUCAAUAAUAUGUACACGAUGCAUUGAUGUAUAUAUAGGUUCUAUAUACGUAUAUAUACAAAAAAAAGAAUAUUACAGUUGAAUGAUUGAAUAGUGACUACCAAAACGGCCAUAUACACGCUUAAUAGAGUACAGGCUAAUAUAAUAUUACGUAUGUAUUAUAUUAAAAAAAUGAUAUGCAUAAAAACAAAAAAAAAAUUUUUUUUUCGACCGCUCCGGGCAAGAAAAAGUUACCUAAUUUUUAUUUUACACGAGUGUCACUACAACAGUGCAUGAUAUUAUUAUCGUCAAUAUAUUACAGUUUUAGUAGGUAUCACGGUUAAAGAUAGUACUAGAUACCAUCUUUAAUUGUGGUAGGUAGAUAAUUGUUAUAAUAUUCGUAUCCGACGUGAUAAAGAUAAAGAUCGCACGGCAGCGGUGUGACCAUUCAACGAACAUUUUCCCUUUCGGGUAUACCUGUAAUAUAAUAAUAUAAUAAUGUAUGUCUAUUUAAUAUUUUUCAUCUAACACAAUACGCAUUACAAUAAAAUUAUUAUUAUGUACAAUUAUUAUGUGUAAGCGUAAUACGUGUACACAUAAUGUAUGUGAACAUUACAGGAAAAGUAGCCAUAUCUAAUAAUAAUGUUACAAUUUAAUAAUAGUCCUGCAUAACAAAUAUUCAAAUCUAUCUGUUUUCUCUAAACAUCCCGUGUUAUCCACUUACGAUAAAAUUAACAUGCAUUUUUGGAUAUAAUAAACGAAACGCAUUUGAAAACGUUUGGUGGGAAUUUUUUUUAAAAAAUAUGUUUUUAUGUAAAAUCCUAAUUAACUCACGCGCGUUUAUAUUUAAAUAAUAUGAUCAUGACAUGUUGUCUAUAGAAAAUAUAACUCUUUUCUUAUUUGGUCUAUUUGAACGUAAUUAUUAUAAAUUUAAUGAUCAUAUAACUUUCAAAUGCAUACAUACGUUUCAUAAAUACAUUUAUUUAAUUAAAUAAAUAAUUAUAAUGAUAAUAUAGUAAAGUCGUUACCGGUAAACAAUAAGCGGCCGUGUCCAUUUGUGCAUUAGUUGUAGGCAGAGGCAAAUCUAGAGUUGGAUUUUGGAGGUCUCUUAAACAAAUUUACAAGUAAACAAAAAAAUUAAAAUACUGAGGAUGGGUGCAACUACUGUUGUAAGUGGAUAAUGGGGUAGGUGGGAAACAUAAAGUUAUUUAAUUUAUACCUGUAACCAACAAUAAAUCAUUGAUAACGAAAAACGAUUCGGAGCGAAGUUCGGUUAUACAAGUUUUUUAAGGCCGCAAUAAUUACGAAUUUCAUCAAAAUUUUAUUUUAAAAUACAAUAUUACACUCAAUUUUAUUUUUUGAAAGAAAUUGCAUUUGUUUUUUCUCUGUUACUCAUCCGAUGUGGUUUUGAAAAAAAAAUUGUUUGGAACUCUGGUUUAAACUCUCGAUCACUAGGUCGAUAACAGGUACAGACUACCAAUAGAAUACGAUAGACUUAUAUUAUGCAAAUUGCAUUAUUGAGUUAUUAAACAUAACACAUAUUAUAACUUCCACAUAAUAUUAGAACUUCACAAAGCAAUACAGUUUUCUGUACAAAUGUCAGGUUUUUAUUAAUACAUAAAACUAAAUUACAUUAAAAAAAACUAAAUUGAAAAAUUACGUUCGUGCAUUUUCCAUACUUUCUGUAUAUUUUUUUGGUUUUCUUAAUUAUUAAAAAACCUACAAAGAAAACCAAAAAACCAAUAGCUCACUCAUAUAUUAGAUUAAAAAUGUAACAAAAAUGGUAUUUUAUCGAUUAUCUAUCGGAUCAAUAUUUAUGAUAAAGAAUUUAAGCCUUAAGUACAAAUUUAAAAUAAUGAAAUCCUUGUGCCGUAAUUUGGAAACGUCGUAUGCGAGUAUUUCGUCUUUUUUUUGGUUUUUCCCAAUUAUUAGGAAAAUUACUUUGGAUAUCAAAAAAUGACUUACACUUAAUGGCGUUAGUGACGAAAUAUUACAAGAAACAAAAUCGAUUUCUUGACAGUUUUUGAUUGGAGCAAUAUUUCUUGUGGAAAACAUCGUGUUAACAUAAUAAAAACAAUGAAAACGGUAACGCCACUCCGGCGUUUUAACUAUAGAUUUCUUUCGAGUUUUCCCCGAUUAUUUCGAAAACUCUUUGAGAAAUUAAAAAAUGACAUCUCUAAUGUACCAACUAGAGAAAAUUACUUUUCAAAAAAUGUGCUAUAGUGUAUACUUCAGAGUAAGUGUUCUAGUAGAAAAUGUAUUCAUUGAAAGAAAAAAAAAACAAACAACAAUAUUGGUAAAACCAAUAGCAUCUUUGCAACGCUCCGAAUCUAACAAAAACGAGCACACUUCGCACGAUUGGUGAGCCACUGUUGUAGGUUAGUAAGUUAUAGGGUGCAGAAGGGAAUUUAAUGUAUUUUUUUAUGCAAAAAUUAAUCAUUGCUAACAAAAAACGAUUUUGAGAUGAGUUCGGUUAUACCUAUAUGUUUUAAAAAGCUGUAAUAUUUACGAUUUUUGUCAAAAUUUUAUAAUAAAAUUCUUAAAAAAAAAAAAAAACUAAUAGUUUAAACUUAAUUUUUCUUAUUGAGCACUAAGUAAGACUUAUAAUGAACCUCCUGUUAAAUUUUCAAGCAUUUCUGUUUGCAUAAAAAAUUUUAUUCAGAAUACCGAAUAAAUAUCACGUAAAAUGAAAUGUCUAUAAAUAGUUCAAAAAUGGUACAAAAAUUUUGAAAAUUUGACCAUGUCUAGAAAAUAUCAAAUUUAAGUUUUCUAUUCAAAUUUCAAGUCUUUACGAAUAUUUCAAACUGAAUUACAAUAAAAAAAAAGAGCUGAUACUGGGGACGGGUGCGACCACUUUUGUAGGUGAAAAGUUGGGAAAGUAGGAUACAUAAGAUUAUAUCAUUUAUAUCUGUAAGCAACCAUAAACCAUUUUUUACGAAAGACGAUUCCUAGCGUAGUUCGGUAAUACAUAAUUUGAAGUGCCGUAAUUUUUUUUAAUCUAACCUUCCUACGCUUUUUCCUUAGUGGAAUUAGCAGGAAGAACACUUACGAGCUUUAUGCAUAUUUUUUCUCAGCCUAUUAACAUCAGAUACAGACGAUACAGUAUAUGUUGUUUCUGCUUUUUCGGUUGCAUAUGCAUAUCUUCUACAGCUUUACGUUUACAUCCUACAUUAACAAUUUGGCGAUGAAUAUUUUUUAGAUCAUAAAAUUCGUGAUUAUAUUCACCAGUUGUUGAAUUAAAAAAAUCAUUCUUGUCCGAAUAUAUUAAUACACUACAAGUUCUUUUAACAUAUCUCAAACAAGUAGAACCAUCUUUUUUACUUGUCGAUCUAAAGUUGUAUUUAAAAUUAUUACAUACUACCAUACGACAUCCUCGUUUACUUUCUAAGAAUUACAUGAUUUAAUCGAUAAAUUGUCAACAAUAUAAUUAAAACAAAAUUACAUUUAUUAUUACUAAAUAUAUGUCUUAAGAUAAUGGGGACGGGCGCAGCCACUGUUGUUAUAGGUAAUUUAAUGUAUACGUGUAUACAACGAUAAGCCAUUACGAAAAAACGAUUCUUAGUGGAGUUUAGUAGAUAAUGAUGCUUUGUCAAUGCUAUGUAUGCCAUAUUAAAACAAAAUAAUUAAAAGAGGCUCUAUAUAUUUCUUACAAUAAUAUUUAUUUAAUGAUGUAUUGAUUUCUCCGGUUUUCCCGGGUUUCUCAGUUUUUCACAUUUGCUGAGAAAACUCCGGAGAAAAUCAAAAAACGAACCCUUUACAGCACCUCCUCAGUUAAAAUUUCUUUUAGACAAAUUACUAUUAUUAUAAAUUGGAGCAAAAUUGCUGGAAUAAAAGUUGUUCACAGAGAAAAAAAAAACAAAUAUUAACAUUUUUAUAACAUUAUAAGCUUCUUCAUUUCACUAAAAAUUUAAAAUUACGCACUUCAACACUUCAACACGAAAGUAAACGAAAAUGCACUGAAAUAGUUGUCUAGUUGUCAAAUGUAUAUACUAUUAUUAUUAUCUUAUCUUUAUAAAAUAAUUGUCAACCUAUUAUUAUCCUAUACCUGUAGUUUCUCAUAAUGUUAUUAUGGCGUUAGUAUUAUACAUUGUUAAUAAAUAACUUAUAAUUAGUGUUUCCCAAAGUGUGUAUUAUAAAAAUGUGGUUAAAAUAUGCUAUAAUAUUUUUGAAUGAAAAGAGAAAAUAGUUUUGAAAUAUUUGGUCGAAAAGAGUCCCACACAAUUGUGACAAGGUCUUUUUCGACUCCUUGAUAUAACGUUGUUUCUUGCUGAAAGCAGGUUAACUUUCUGAGGUGGAAGUGGCAAAUUUGGUGACUGCACUGAUGGAAACUUUCUUGGCUUUCUUGAACUAUUAGCGAAAUAUGAUCAUUUUUUGAAUGGGCAUUUCCGAAAAGUGCAGCAUUCCCAAAAGACUGGAAAGAAACUUCAAGUCGCUUUCUUUACUUUACAUCACUAAUGCCAAAUGGGUGUAUUGAUAUUUGUAGUUCUAUUAUUCGGAAUCACAUUAUAAAAGAACGUGAUGAAGCGAAUUACUUGUCACCUCGUGAAGGAACUUCAAAGUAUGAAAAACAAAGGCUGGUAAAAAAUUUGGAGUGAAGUUGCAAUCGUUGCUCGAUAUAUUGGUUGGCCAGACAAAUUAAAUGAUCAAUCGUAACGGGUGAAAAAACGAAAGAGAAUGGUCGAUGAGGAAGAAGAUAAUUUAACAGAAACAAACGAUUCACAACUUAUUUUAAAAAGGAAUGUAUUUCACGUAAUUUUGAAUGAACUAACUAUAUAUAAAAGCAUAAGGUUUCAAUUACUGAAAAAAAAUGAUUGAUUUUUUCUCAGUUCUUUGGGGGUGUUUAAAUGUAUGCUAGAAGAUAAUAUUAAAUCAAAAUCUAGAGAUCAGGUCUUAAACUGUAAUAAAAAUUUGCAAAAAAAUUAAUAAGUCGUAGAAAAUUUUACACACCUAAUCUUGGAUAUGAACAAUCAAUCCCUUAGAAUAUCUGAAUCACUUACAUAUAAAGAAUCUAGUCAACAUGUGUCUUAAGUCAUGUAUUGUAUUACGUAUGUUUUUGACUAUCUUGUGACUGUUGCAAGUACGGAACGAUCUUUUUCAUCUUUGAAGUGAGUGAAGAAUGUGCUACGAUUAACAAUGAUAUAACAGAGAUUCUAAAGUAUAAGUGUUUUAGCAGCAGUGGAGGCUCGAAUGGAAAAGACGAUUGACAUGGAUGAGGAUAUUAAUGACUUCGAAUCGAGAAAGGCAAGAAGAAGACUAUAUUCAACCACCUGAUAAGGGUGGUCCCAUAUUAUUAUGUAGUUAUAUCUUAAUAUUAGUUAUAGCAUAUUUUUUAUACUUUAAAAUAUUUAAUUUUAUUUCAAAAAUGUAACAAUAAUGUUAAACGAAAUUUAAAAACCCGGGCAAUUUCACACCUGGGUACAGCCACUAUUGCAGGUGAGAAAUUGGGCCACUGUUGUAGGUAAGAAGUUGGGAAUGAAGAAAACGAGAAAUUUAAUGUAUUUCUGUAAGUGAUAAAAUCAUUGUUAACAAAGUAUGAUUCUGAGUGGAGUUCAGUGGAUAGUGUUGCUUUGUCAACAAUAUAUACAUAUGCCAUAUUAUAUAUAGGCCUAUACGAGGGCAUACCCAAAAAAACCGAACUAUUUUUGUACAAAGUUAUUUAUUUAAUUUUUUUACAAAAAAACAUUUAAUCUCCUUCAAAAUACUCUCCAUUGAAGUUAAUGCACUUGUCCAAUCUUUUGUUCCAAUUUUUGAAGCACUUUUUAAACUCAUAUUUUGUGAUUCCUACCAACGCCUCCGUCGUUUUAUUUUAACUUCAUCAAUGUCCGCGAAACGCUUUCCUUUCAUGUUCCUUUUCAUUCUGGGAAAUAAAAGGAAGUCGCAGGGAGAUAGGUCGGGUGAAUAGGGUGGAUGGGACACAGUGGUCAUAUCGUUUUUGGUCAAAAACUGCCGUACAGAAAGGGCUGUGUGAGCAGGAGCAUUGUCGUGUUGAAAAAACCAGUCUCCUGAUUGUCACAAAUCAGGUUUUUGUUCGCCUCAAACUGUUGCGUAAUCUUUUUAACACCUCUAGGUAAAAUGCCUGGUUAACUGUCUGACCAGGUGGAACACACUCCGAAUGGACGACUCCUCUCACGUCAAAAAACAAAUGAGCAUUGUCUUAAUGUUUGACCUCACUUGACGAGCUUUUUUAGGGCGAGGUGAUACUGGAGUCUUCCGUUGGCUCGAUNCUCUAAAUCCUCACUUAAAAUUCUUUGUACUGAACUCUAUGACACUCCAGAUCUCUCUACUACUUCUUCGAUGGUUUGCUGUCGAUCUUCCAGGAUAAUUUUGUGAAUUUUUUCUACAUUUUCGUUGGUUCGACUACCAAUACUCUGUCCCACACAACAUCAGUUCGGUUUCUUUUGGGUACGCCCUCGUAUAAUAUUUAUAUAGGCAAUAUAUAUUUUCUUUAUAAUAUUUGUUUAAUAUUGUACUUAUUUCCCUGUUUCCCCAUGUUUUUUUCUCAUUUUUUCCUAUUUAUUAGAAAAAUCGAAACAACCUUCCUAAAGUAUCUUCCUAGUCAGAUUUCUUUUUAGAAAAAUUGCUAUCACUGUAAAUCAGAACAAAAUUUUGGGUAGAAAAUUUGUCCACAGAAAAAUAAGACCUUAAUAUUUUUCUAAUAUAUACCGUACAGUUUCCCGCAUCAUUGAGAAAACUCCUGAGAAAAUCAAAAAUGACCUCUUUAAAGUACCUCUCUUGUCUGAUUUCCUCUCAAAAAAGAUGCUCACUUCAAAAUCUAAGCAAGAUUUUCUCUGUGAAAAGUUGUCCACAGAAAAAAAAAUAAGUAUCUAGGAAUCACAAGCUUUUUCGGUCCACUUAGAAUCUAAAAUAUAUAAAAAGAAUUUUAUUACGAGAACAAAUUAAAACAUAAUAUUAAAAUAGUACGGUUGCUAUAAUAAUGAUGGCAAAACCAUUUAAUUAUUUCAUUUCAUGUAUUAUUAGACAAAUUUUUGUUUCAAAAUCAGAACUAAACCUAUGAAAAUAAAGGGACUCGAAAGAUUUAGUUUUUCUUAAGGCUCGGCAAGGCGGCAAAGCUGAAUAUGGCCUUGUAUAUCAGUAAAACUACACAUAAUUAAAUAUCGGCCAUCUAUUGUAAACUAAUUAUCCUUAUUAUAAACAAAGUAGGGCUCGAAACCGGUUAAAGUUUUGAUUUUUACAUUUCUUAACACUCUAACCGAAACCGGAAUCGAAUUUUUUCAAAAACCGUUCUUAAAACUCAAACCGAAAAUGAAGAAUUUCAGAAACCAUUACAAAUCAAUAUUAUUGUAAACUGUUUUUAAUCUUGUUUUAUGUGAAAUGAAUUUCCUCUUCUUGAAUAAAUAAUUUAUUUUUAUUACUAUUCUUAUUCUUAAAAGAUGAUUGAUAGAGAAAUAUAAAACAAAGUUGAUAAAGAAAAAGAAAAAUUAUUUUCUCAAUUGUCCUCCAUCUUUUAUUUAUUGUUACUGUUACUCCCUGAACACUUGUUUAGAUCAUUGUUGAACCUGUCUAAGCAGUGCUGUCAAGGGCGACCCCUAGGUCUUUUCUCAUUUAUUUUCUCCUCUAAAGCUUUCUUUAAUGUUCCGUUUGACCUUCAAAUACAGCAUGCCCAUUUGAUUCAUUUUUUCAUAAAGUAAACAUUGAUUCCAGACUUUUGGUAAAUGAGUUGUACCUCUAUAUUAAUUCUUCUUAUGCACACUUAAUUUUCCAAAUUAGGGCCAUCAAUUUUUCUAAAUGUUCUUCUUUUAAAACAAGCCAAUUUUUUCUUAAUCGCCUUUAGUAGUCGACCAAGUUUCAUACACGUAUGCUAAAACUGGCCGUAGAAAAAUUGAGUACAGCGUUAAUUUGAUUGUCUAGAGCAGCGUUUCCCAAACUUUUUCUCUGCCGGACCCCCUUAGAGAAAAUAAAAAAGAUCGCGGACCCCUAAAUAAAAAUUUAAAUUAAAGCAAUAAUAAAUAAUAAUACUAAAUUGUUUGCUUUAUUUUUAAAAUUAAAUACACAUAUGUUUAUAAUGAAAAAUUGAAUUAAUAAAAAAAAAUGGAUAAAUAGAUAUAUUAUUUUUAUAAUAAAUAAUUAAUGCGUUUAAUGUGAUGGAUGGUGUUGUUUCUUUAAUACUAAAUCUGGUAUUUUAGGAUCUAUAUUAGAAAGUUGAAUACGUAAAUCUGAUUCUAUAUUUAAUCGGUUUCUAUAUUUAUUUUUAGUGUACACAUAAGCUGAAAAUCCUUUUUCACAGAGAUAAGUUGUUGAAAAAAGCAUCAAUGGCCUUAGUGCUGAGUCCGAUAUUUCUGGAUAGUCUUGUCUUAUAUUCAACCAAAAAGAAGACAAAGAAGAUUCUUUGAAAACCCUUUUUAAAUUAGAAUUACUGGAUAUUUCGAUUAAUUGAUUUUCUUGUGUUGUUGUUAAACCAGUUAUAUCAGGGACAUCUGCAUUAAAAGGGUCUACUACCCAAUUUUUAUUUUUGUCAGGAACUGGAAAAUAUUUUCGAAAUGAAUGUUUCAAAAUUUGGAGGUGUUCAAUAAUUAUAUCUUUUGUGUCCUGAGGAAAAACUUCAUCGGAUGAUUCUAUAAAUGCAUAAAGAGUUGGAAAGUGGUUAAAAUUGUUUUGAAGGGCACGUUUUCUCCAUAACUCAAGUNUGUAAAUGACGUCGAAGUUUUGCUGGUUUCAUGGACUCGUUCGAUAAUAUUUCAUAGCAUAUGACGCAUUGGGGUCUUUCUUCGUUGUUUACAUUUAUAUUCGUGAAACCAAAAGUUAUGUAUUCUUCCGAAAACUUACGACGCUUAUUUACAUGCGUUGAUCCUUUUUUAGAACUUGUAGAAUCGCCUUCAUUUUCUUCACUCAUAGUGGUUUCAUUAUUUUGUAACCAGCGUUUCAUUUUAAAAAAUAAAUUAAAUUAAAAAAUAUAAAUUUUUACGUACAAUUAUUUUAUAAUAUAAAUUAACUGAAAGUAUGCUACACUACGUAUACGACGAUACGGCUGCAACGAACAAACUACCGGUUAUUUGACCGACGCGAUCAAUCUGUCUCUGACGCGAACAAUCUGCAGUCUUCUAUACGUAUAAUCUAAUCUUAAUUGCUUUUCAACGAUAACUAUUUCAACAAUGUAUUUAUUAUCAACAGUAUUUCCCAUGUAAUACGAAUAUUGCAUCAUUAUUUUCGUUUUAUGGAUAGGUAUACUUUGUAAAUUUUUAAUUUACGUUCGCGGACCCCCUCCGGUAUACGUGCGGACCCCUAGGGGUCCGCGGACCACAGUUUGGGAAACGCUGGUCUAGAGAGAAGUUUUGAUUUUCAAAUUGUUUCCAAAACAUAAUAAUCUUUUUUGACGGCUGAUAUAUGUACUCACAAUAUUAUUAUUAAUUUAAUUAUUGACUUAUAAAAUAUUAUUAUUUGUAAACUGUAUAGUUUCAUUUUAAUAAUACCCAUAGAAUGUUAUUAUAACGGUUUAUAAUAAUAUUCUAUGUGUAAAAUAAACCAUAUUAUAUAUAUAUAAUUUUGAACCAACUUCGAAAAUAAUUCGAUAAAAUAUCAUAGUAAUAUCAUUACAUAUAAUUUUAAUAUCAUUGAUUAUAUGCAUAUAUGUAUAUAUUAUAUAUUAUAUAUAUAAUCAAUUUUAAUAUGUUUAAUAUAGGAUAAUUUUUUAAAUAUUAUAUAACAUCUGGAGAUUUUACGCGGUUAAUAAUUAUGGGUACACCGGUACAAAUAAAUGAACCCAUGUUGCGAGGUGGGUAAAAAAUACUUUUUUUGAAAAAUAUUAUGCCGGUAUAAUAUUCAGUUUUAAAUUAUAUAACAAACGAACUUAUUUAUUUAUAUCGGCAUUCUUUUUUAAGGGGAAAUUUACACUGAUAAAACUUAACGGAUUUCUAGGUUCAUAUUUGUGUUCUUUAUGUAUAAUAUAAAUUACAUAAAUAUAUAUAUAUAUAUAUAUAUUUAUAUGUUUAUUUGUUUUAUGUGGAUGUGUGUUAUGAAUUGCAGCAGCGACAAAGGGGAAUCGCUACCAUGCCCUCGGGCUCGGGAUCUUACGACGGUGACGGCGAACAUGAUGACGAUUUGCCCACACCACAGUUGGGAACGCAUAAACUUUCGGCCGCCCAACAGACGCAUAUACUCGACGACAUCCGUCGUCACAAUCAACAGCAACAAUGGUGGAUGACACCGGAUUCGUUGGGAACAGUGGCACAACCGUCGGUCACAAACACGCAGCUGACCGACAACAACGAAGACGGUGAACGUCAACAAACUGUAUCAGAUUCGGCUACUGACCAACUUCAGCAACUGUUACAGAUCAACGGGGUGGCCGCCACGGACGGUGAGACGAUCGUCGACAAUUUGGACGACGAACGUCACGGAAAGCAAAGGUCCGUCGGGGUCGGCAGUGGCACCGGAGGUUGGCAGCCACAACAGUCGCCGCUACAAUUUAAUAACCACAAUAGACAUCAGCAUCCAUCUAUAUCUCCGUAUGUUCCACCUCCUCCGACAGCUACGGUACAGCCAACUGUUACUCACCAGCAUCAACAAAAACAAUAUUAUCCGACUACUUCACCGUUGGGUCCUCUUGUAAAACACCACCAUCAUCAUCAACAGCAGCAGCAGCAGCAGCAGCAACUCUUUGUCACGACGCCUACUUCAACUACUACUCCAAUAACGUCUAAAAAUCAUCCCCAGCAGCAGUACAUAUCUCCGCAGCCCAGUCUACACCAGUAUUACCCACAGCAGCAACAGCAACCGGCAUUUGUGACAUCGGGGCCAGUGACGACUUCGUCCGGUAUCAGUGGUGGAGACGACAACCGUGGUGAGAUAGACGCAGACAUUGAACAACAGAUCAGGCAACAGUUAACGGCCGUCGUGGGUGCGAGUGGUGGAAAUUAUACGGUACUUACGUCACUGAAUGGUCAUCGAUUGCAGCAGCAACAGCAACAACAACAAACCACCGAUCCGGCGUCCAACGAUAAUGUACAAUACGUAAAAAUCGGAGGCGGUGGAUCGUCUUCACCGUCUCGAAGUCGCGUACAUCAACAGCAGCAGAUCGAGACGGCCACGUCAUCGGUUUUUGCCAGUACGGGAUCCUCUAUUGCCGGCACUGGUAGUAGAAACACGAUCGUGAAGACUGUUGUUGUUCGGCAAAAGCCGGUGGCACCCACAACACCAACCACCACCCAGUCUACCACUACUUCUACACCUGCACCCACUACUGCGGCUUCGCAACAGCAACACACUUGGACAAUUAGCGAACAGCAGCAGCUCGAACAAUUGGCCAGGCAGGUAUUGCCUCCUGGUGUGGCUCAGUACGAGAUUAUCCGAGCCGGUGGCGUUGACACCACAGUUGCUGCCAAGAACACCGGUGACGUAGCCUCGGCAGCCACCGUCGAAAACGUGGUACCCGCUAUCAGUGCGACUCCACAACAACCAGCUCCUAGUGGAAAAAAGAAACCGGUUACGUUCGUUAUACUUGAGGAGCGGCCAGACGGCACUGUCCGCGUGCGGGGCAUCGAGAAAAAACAGCACGGGGGUGACGAACCGUCUGAGGGGAGUAACGCCGUGACCGCCAGUUCAACAACGGCCGACGACGAACAACUCCAAGCACUGGUGGACAAGCUCAAUCGCGGUGAACUCCGAUUACCGUCCACGGGAUCUUCCUCGUCUUCCAAGCUCAGCGGAAUAGACAGCGCAACGGCAGCCAGUUCCACGGCUGUGGCCCCCAUUACGUCUUUCGUCUCUCAAUCGACCAACAAGCACCGUGAUCAGCCCUCAUAUUCGUCUACUGUAAAACAGCACACCACAACUGUUGCCCCAGUACAGUCAAAUGAAUACCAGAAUUUUUUCCUUCCUACCGCAGUACCAAAUUCGGGGGUAGCCGUUACCACUACCACUAGUGAUAUCAUACAGCAACAGAAACAGAAUAGGUACCAGCAGCAGCAACAACAGAAACAACAACAGCAAUUUUACUCACCACCCACCAUCACUACGUUGGCGUCCACAACUACUGCUCCUUCAAACACGACAUUUCCCUAUUAUAACAAUAAUUACAACAAUAACUUAAACAACAACAAAAAAGAAGGCAUAUUCAGCAGUGCCCUUCGUCGUCGGGGAUACUACGCUAUGGCUAAGUAUAUGCGACAGGCCGGUGUAGAUGCAGUGCUUGAGGAGACCGGUAUAAUACAUUAUGUUGUUUUUCAGAUUUAUUUAGAUUUAUUUUUUCUAUCCUUUAAAAUAUCGAGACCUUAUGCAAUCGUUUUUACUUUUUCAUAUUCUAAUAUCAAGCGUAGGUAAAUAUUUAAAAUAUCAUUCUACAAUUCGGUUUAUUAAUUUUAAUUUUCAUAAAUAAUCGAGUGAAAUUACUAUCCAGAAAUGAUUUUGAGUAGACGCAUGGCUUCUAAAAUCACAGGGCACUGUGCGAGUGCACAAAUUGGACUGGCUUCAAGCCGAUUCUAGUGCUAUCCUAUAUCGAGCUAUAUACCUAAAUUUUACAAAAUUGCUAAACAGAACCUUUGUUUUACAUUUAAUGUAAUUUUGUAUUAAAUGUAUACGAUAUAGACACAUUUAAUGAAAUAUAAUAUAGGUAUUAUUAUAAAAAAUAAAUUCAAUAGAUAUACUUAAUAUUGAAUAAGUCAAAAUUUCGACUUACUGGGCUGAAAAAUAAAACCAUUUACAAAAUAAAUAUGCGAGUAUAAUUAUAAAGAAGUGUAUUUAUCGCACAAUGGGUGGAACACUGUUAUAUGUGAGAAGUUAGGAAGGAAGUAGAGGGAAAAUUUAAUGUAUAUCUGUAAGCAACGGUAAAUUAUUGUUAAUGAAAAAACGAUUCUCAGCGGAGUUCGGUUAAAAUUGUUGCUUUGUCAAUAAUAAAUAUCUCAUAUUAUUGUAAAAUAAUUACAUACGCAUUAUAUAUUUUCUUUAAUACUUUUAUAUAUUUAUUGACUAUAUUUUUUUACUUUAUAUUUAUUUACGAGUAUUAACUAUUAUAAUAAUUUUGUUUUUACUUUAUUAUUUUAUUGUUUAAUACUGUUUGUUUAAUAUUUUACCUAUUUUUUUAUUUUUCCAAUAUAUCGCGAAAACUCUUUAGAAAAUCAAAAAAAUACCUCCCUAAAGUACCACCUCAGUCAGUCCUUCUUUUAUAAAUUGGAGCAAAAUGGAUGAUGAAAAAAUUGUCCAUACAAAAAGAAACAAAAAUAAAUUUUGUAAAACCAAUACAUUCCUUCACUCGGAAUUUAAAAUAAAUAAAUAUCAUUGUAAAUCUAAUACAUUCCUCGAUACGUUCUGAAUUUAAAUUAUUGUAGACAUCUAAUAUUUUUUUAGUAGACUUCUAUUGUCCUUACUGUCCAAUGUAACGUUGUUUGUUAAUUUGUUCAAUAGUUUCACAUGAUUCACAAAUAAUGAUACCGACGAAAUUGACUUGAGUUAACAUUUCUAAAUUUUAAAUUCUACAGAAAAAAGUAAUUUUUUUUAUGAUUAUCAGGUUCAUGAUAUUGUUUAGUAGUUAGAGAUUUUAUUAUUUUAGUUGGAAUAUUUGACGAAAGUAAUACAAUUUUUGGAUCACUUCUAAAUAGAACGAUAUUCCAAUUAUUCAGUAGAAAGACAAAUUUGUUUUAAUUUCAAUGUUAAUUUUGUAAAAUAUUUAUUUUUGGACAGUUUAAUCAUACUUACCGUAUAUAUUUCAUAAAGUUCUAUAUUUUAAUAAUAUUACUAUUAUUAUUUAUUUAUUUUAGGUCCAUUUACCGUGUUCGUACCCACUGACAAAGCGUUCCGAGCAUUGCUAGUUCAGUUAGGUGGCCCCGAUCGCGCAGAGGACAAGUUUCGUGAAAAUCCGCGUUUACUGAUUGGAGUAAUUAUACUCACUAAUAAUAUUAUUAUCAAUGAACUAUUUUCACUACUCAUACGAGGGUUGUCCCAAAAGUAAUGCACAAUUUGUUCUGAAUAAAUAAGUUUUUAUUUUAAACUAAAUACAAUAUUAUAGACCUUCGAUAUAAUCUCCCUGCUUGUCUAUACACGAUUGCCAUCGUUUCGGGAGCGCUUGAAUGCCAUAUAGGACGCCAUCUUUGUUGAGUUCACGGAUCCUUCGGCUCACUUCUUCAUUUAGUAUAUCUAAGUUGGAAAAACGGAUCCCUCUAAGUGGUUCCUUCAGUUUUGGAAAUAAAUCAAAGUCCGGGGGACUUAAAUCCCGUGAAUACGGUGGGUGUUUGAGGCGUUCCCAUCCAUAUUUCUCCAAAAGAGCGACGACUGGUGCUCCGAUAUGCGGCCGCGCAUUAUCGUGCAAUAUGGACACACCAUUUUGUAACAUUCCUGGUCGCUUUUUACGGAUUUCUGGUCGCAAUUUUUUGGCAAGGAAUGUUUUGUAGUAAUCCCCGGUUACACUACUGCCAAUUGGAACUCGAUCAGUGACAAUUAUCCCAAGUUUAUCGUAAGCAAAAAUCAUCAUUUGGUUCACCUUUGUUUGCUGGCGACGAACUUUUUUUGCUCUUGGUGAUGUUAUUCCCUUCCAAAUAUUGCUUUGAGAUUUUAAUUCCGGCUCAAAAUUACGGAUCCAAGUCUCAUCUAUUGCAAUUAUACGAUCAAGAAACGUUUCUUUUUCAUUUUCGUAGCGAGAUAGGAGUUCACGGCAGAUGUCUUUGCGUGUAUCCUUCUGUUCCGGUGACAGAAAAUGAGGCACCCAACGUGCUGCAAUCUUUCAUUUCUGUAGAAUUUCCAUUAAAAUGCGGUGAACACUUGAUUUUGAAAUACCUGUUUUAUUCUCUAUCUCUCUCAUCGUUAUUCGUCGGUCUUCAUCGAGUAGAGUUGCGAGAAUAGCCGCGUUAGUGUUGUCUUGUGUAACCGUAGAGGGUCGGCCAGAGCGAGGGUUGUUAUCAAUACUUAUACGACCAUCACAGAAUCGCUGAUGCCAUCUUUGCACCGUACUACGAUCCACAGUAUCCGUUCCACACACUUCAUUUAACGCGGCAUGAAUUUCAGGCACUGUUUUACCACGAAUCGUUUCGAUAUAAAUGUAUGCGCGUUGCUCAAAAACAGAAAUGUGAGCCGACGAAAUGUUCUCACUUUCGUUAUCGCUCUCACACAUCAUCAUACUUUACUAAAACAACUAAAACUGAAAACGCACGUGUUCUUUGGACUUCAAGCUACAAACUGAUACUAAAAUCAGCUGAUAAUAUCACAUUGCAAGACAGCUAGAGCGCGCUGUGCAUUACUUUUGGGACAACUCUCGUAGUAAUAACUAUAGUGCCUUGAUAGAGUGGUCUUUACCUAGUCUUUCUAGUUUUAACUAUCAUCGGUUUUCCAUCAUAUUUUUCUACCAUAUUAUUAUUUGUUUAAAAGCUUUUGCUGCAUCACGUCGUACCUGGAGCAUUUAAGGCUGCCGAUCUAAGAGCAGGUGAUGAAAUGACUGGCGUCAGCUUGGCGGGCACGCAGCUCAGAGCCAAUCUUUACGCUCGACAACUAUACGACAACCGGUGGAACGACAUCGAAGUAAUUAUAUAUUAUAAUACUAAUUAGUAUUUAAAAAGUUUUUAUUGUGUUGCAAAACAUACGCGAGCACUAUAGUAAUCCAAAAAAGACAUUUGUUGGUCAUAAUCUAAAUUUAUAUUAUUAUUAUUAUUAUUAUUAUUUACUUAUCUGAUUAUAAAAUCAUUAUCGUUAGUAAAAUUAUAAGGUAUUUUUCUUAUUUUUAGUGCACAUAUUUUUAAGCAGACUUUUAUACGAUGAUUUAAAGUAGCUUACCUCGUGUUACAUUAUUUAUGUCUAUGACCCAUCACCAUCAACGGCGAUUUUAAAUAUCCCUACGAUUAUAAUAGGUCUAUUAUCAGAAGAGGGUGCAAAAGGUAGAAAUAAAAACAAAAUAAAUAUCCAUGAAAAAUAAUUAAGAGAUAAUUUACUAAUCGAAAUUUAUUUUAAUGACUUAUGACAAGUUCAAAUCCAUUUACAAGACCACAAUAAAUUAUUAAAGAAUAUAUAAAAAAACCAUCGAAAGUUAAAAUGAUGCCAUUCAUAAUAUUAUUAAAUGAAGAGAGCAGUAAUAAUGAAAACAAUGCAAAUAACGAGAUUGAUAGUAACCCAACUGAUUUUGAUCUAAGGCUUCGAACUAACUGCAUUUAAAAUUUACAAAAAAGCGUUCAAAAAUGGCUGAAAGGUUUAAAAAUCUCACUCUUUAAUUACUAAAAUUAUUAAAUACGAUUUUUUAAUUUUAUUUAAAAUAUUCAUGACAUACCCUGAUUUCAUUAUAAACUAAUAAAUAAUAUGAAAAGAGUAGGUACUAAGUUCUAUUUAUAAAUAUAACUUUUGUUGUAGAGCAAACAUUAAUAAAUGAAAUUAAAACAUUACUAAAUAAUUAUAAUAAUUACAAUUGUGCAAAUAAUUUACAAUUAAAGAGUUCCAAACUUUUUAUAAACGGUGUAUUUUGAUUAAAUGUUAUAAGAAUAUUUUCUUUUUAAACAUCUUACCAAUGUUUUCAAUUUCAAGGUAAUAAAUAGUGUUACAAGAGGUAAGCUAAUUUAAAACCUCCUAUAUUUUCGUAUAAGUCUGUUUAUAGUUAUAUACACUAAAAAUAAGGAGAAUGUUUUAUAAUUUUACUGAUUUAUGAUUUUAUAUUCAGGUAAGUGAAAAAGGAAAUAAAAACUAGAUUUUAACAAGCAAAUUUCUGUUUUGGAAUACUGCAUGUCAUAUUUAAACAAUUCCUUUUCUUUUACCUCUACAUCUUUAUUUCACCUUUCUCUAUCAAUCAUCUUAUAUGAAUAAGAAUAGUAAUAAAAAUAAAUUAUUUUUUCAUUAAUUUAUUUUAUAUAAAACAAUAUUAAAAACAGUUUACAAUAAUUUGGUAUUAAUUUACAGUUAUAAUAAAUAAACCACUAUUAUAUCGAAUGGACGAAACUAUGAAGUAACUGUUACUAAUAUCCCAAUAUACAAUACAACAAACGGCAAAUCAAUUUUAAAAUACUUUACUAUAAUUUAAAAUUUCUCUUUAUUCUUAUUUGCUUAUAUAUUCAUCACAUAACACUUUUAUCGUAAUUUGUCUGCCAUAGCAACCUCUCCUUGUAUAGGCAAUCCUAAACUUGUUAAUUUUUUUUUCAGGUGCUAACAGUCAACGGGGCUCGGGUGUUGGAUGACGUUGUUCCGGCGACAUCCGGAGCAGCCGAAGAUGGUUUUUCCUUUGAUGACGUCAGCACAAUAUCCGUGCAGCAACGCAGAGACAUGGUUUUGUCACCAAACAGUAUAGGAACGUUAGAAGGGAGCUCAAACCAACAAAUUAUGGCCAUUGGACACGCAGUUGACCGGGUUUUGUUUCCAUUGCCCGUUGGAGAUGUAUUAGCCACAAUGAGAGCCGAUCGACAACGCCGGUACACCGUGUUCCUGCGAGUCGUGGACGAGUACUGUUCGCCUAGUGUGCGGAAUCUGUUGACCGGUAAGACAUAUAGCACCUAAUAACAACGACAAUUUAUAAGAUACUGAUGACUGACGAGAAUUUUUUGUAAUAUAUUGUUUACAAUAAAAUAAAUUUAAUAGUAAUAAAAUAAUUUCGUUUUAACUUUAGCUAGCUGUAUUUUGGCUAAUUUUCGAAAUAAGGGAAAAGUGUGAUUAUAUAAGCUGCUUAAAAAAAAUUGUUUAUCCAAAUUAAAUUUUGAAAAUAGGUAUUUUCAUUUAAAACAGUUUCUAGUUUUAUUGCGCGUGCGCACACUGAAACGUUAAGAAAUUCGAAAAUCCAUGCAAAAUGUCAGUAUUUCCUAUCUUCUCUUGAAAACCCCAUUUUAAUCCGAGGUCACAAAACAGAAAUAUUUUGUGUUAUCAUUUGAGUGAAACACACUGUUUAUUGUCUUCUUUAAAGUAUUUUGUGAUCUAAUAGUUAUACUUACCUAUUAUCAUCCUAGGGGUCUCGAGUUCAAACCUGCAUUUUAAACAAAAUAUUUUGUAUUUCUUUUCCUUUUUACUUAAACAAAGAAAAUUUAAAUGUAUUUUGGCUGUGCCAAUAGAAGUAGAGAUCCAGCCAUCGCUCAUUAAGACUAUUUUAAUCGCAAAGUAUUCCUUGAUUUGCUGUGCAAACUUUUCUACUAGAAAUCUUGUUCUGGUGUACCAAGUGUAGCUUAUUUUCUAAAGGGAAAUUGUGUUUCCAGGUAAUUUAGGGAGGUAACUUUAGAGAUAUACAUUAAAUUACCUAUACCAGUGCCUCCACCCGUCUACAUUAUCCUAGGACGUGUUUUUUUUUCUUUUUUUGAAACAAUCAUGGAAUGGAAAGUAACUGCAGAUAGAAUAAUAUUACUAAAAAUCAAAGAAUUGAAGAAUUAAAAACAUUUUUAAAUCAAAAGAACUUGUAUGCAUGUCUAACAACGAACUCAUCAAUGCGUAUAUGGUAUUGGUUUUUCUUAUUAUGUGUACAGAAAUUUUUGCUUAAGGUUCAUGUUUCUUUCGACCAAGUGUAGGACUACCAAAGGACUAUCAUUUCCCGUUUAGAUUUUGAACUCUAUUAAGAAUAAUAAAAUAAAAAUUUAAAAAAUGAAUUCAAAUUACAGUGGAAUGUUAUGUUUAUCUAAAAUAUAAAUUACAAUUUUUACAAUUUCUUCACUAAUUUAUUUAACGUUUCAUAUGAAAUACCUUUAUAUUUUCUUUUUGGGAGUAAUAUCCUAAUCUCCAAAAAACUAGAUUUCAUUGAUUGUGUUUUUGCAGGCCCUCGGACGGUGACGGUCUUCGCGCCGAUGGACGAUGCUUUUCGGUUACGUCGUGGUUCGAUAAAUCACAACGCUAGCGGUUCUAUAGUGAACGGGUUGUUGCAUGAAGACAACGAAAACGGUAGGAUCAAACAGCGUAAUCGUCGGAAGAUAGCCGACAAGUUCGUGCUCAGUCACGUUGUGCUGGCUGGACCCGGUGACCCACCUAUGUACACAGCAGGUUUGCGGUUCUAUCAGGUCAGAGAUACUGCUUAUCGGUUACCUGAUAAUGUCGGUGUCGAUUCUGCGGCUGAGGACGUGGACGAAGGUACGACCGAAGACAUAACAGACGAUGGUCAUGAUGAAAGGCGUACGUUAUUAUCCACAGGAGACGACGAUAAACAGCGGUACUAUCAGCUGACCGUGUACAAAGAUUCUGGUGAGACCAUUAUCGUUAUAUGAUAAUAUUAUAAUCAAUGAUUUUUAACUUUUUAACAUACCAUCAUUGCAUAGUCCAAAUUUAUUUGAAAGACUAUCAAAAUUAUGGAAAUCAAAACCAUGAACUAAUAAAUUAAGGAACGGUAUUUUGUAGGAAUGUAAAUAACCAGUACUUAUUACUUCGGAAUAUAUACAUAUAUAGAAGUAAAAAUUACACAGAUUAACAAUUAAACAUUAAGAAAUUCAAAUCAAUCUUUAUUUAUUUAUUUUAAUCUUCUUUCUUUUAAGUAUAACGAAGAAUAAUUAUUGUUAUUUUUAUUGUUUCAGUAAUUUUUCGUUUCUAAAACUAUAUAUUCCAAAUUUAGAAAUCUCUUUAGGAAUUCCAAAGAAAAUUGUUCUUGGUUAUUCAUAUUUUUAUAAAAUAUCAUCCCUGUAAUUUUCUAUUACUAACAAACAUUUUCCUGAUUAUUUUUCCCCAAAUUUUUCGUGCUACUGUUCGAUGAUUCACGGUUGAGACUGUCAAUUGCUAUAUUCGUAGAAUAAAAAUAAUGAUUUGCUUAAUAAAAAGCAUACUAUGCGGGUAUCAAAAAUUAAUUUUUUUUUAAAAUUUACAAUUACAUUAAUAUGUCCAUUGUUGACGACCCCGAAUUAGUUAUGCUACUAAUAAUAAUAUAAUUAUUAAUCCUGGCCAUGUUUGCAGGAAAAAUACGGCUAAACGGUGGCGUCGCCCAGGUACUGGUCCGCAAUGUGCCGACCACAAACGGCGUGUUACACGGUCUAGACGGGCCGCUCGUAUAA